GACAAGAUUUUCGAGGGCGUUAAGGACCUCAAGGGCCUAAGUAUCUUUGGCAAUAAAAUACAAAAUGUCACCAGCACGACUUUCAGUCAUGCCCGGGAACUGCGAUUUUUGUUCAUGCACUACAACCUGAUGGCUGAGCUCCCCAUAGGCUUUUUUGGGCUUCUGCCGCACAUUAUCAGAGUAACUCUGGACACCAACCUGAUGUGCUGCCACCUUGAUCUUUUCAGGCAGGAUGCCGAUUGCGAAUUUGCCUUCAAUGAUAACUUCGCAAGCUGUCACUCCAUGUUCCGCAACCUUGCUCCAAGGAGAAGUCUUUGGGUUGUCGGCCUUCUUUCGUUGUUUGGGUCUGUGUUUGUAGUUGGGUGGCAGUAUUUCCUCCCUGAUAACAAUAUGGUUCAGUCUAUUAUGUUGGUAAAUCUGGGUAUUUCAGACGGCAUCAUGGGUAUUUACCUCAUCAUUAUAGGUAUAAAAGACCUGCAAUGGUCAGGGGAAUACUACCUGCACGACUAUGAGUGGCGCACCGGCUGGUUUUGCCAUUUCAAUGGCGCCAUGUCUGUACUUUCAAGCGAGGUGUCUGUUAUGAUGAUUUCUCUGAUUGCAUGGGACAGGCUCAAGAACAUUGUGUUUCCUUACACGUUUGCAAAAAUUACACCAAGGCAGACCCGUAUUAUGUGUGUAGUUAUCUGGCUUGUGGGAGGCAUCAUGGCAUUCCUUCCGUUGUCUGGAAUGCGAUAUUUUGGUGACUGGUAUUAUGGCAAGAACGUGGUGUGCCUGCCCCUGCAACUUUCCCCGCAAUUACAAGAAGGCUGGGAAUUCUCCACUUCCAUCUUCAUCGUUUUAAAUUUUUCUCUUUUCCUAUUUAUUACGGUUGCUUAUGUUGCCAUCUUGUUGAAAUCAUGGUCGUCAAGCAGACGGCUGGGUGCGCAUGGAACUGUUCGUGAAAUACGAGCAAGAGCACAAAGCGCACAGGCCAAAAGAGAAAGAGCACUUGCCAAAAGAGUCUUCUUCAUUAUUCUGACCGAUUUCUUGUGUUGGAUACCAAUCAUUGCUAUCGGCAUUAAGUCGCACGUCGAGAAAACGUUUGAUCCACCUGGUGAUCUGGCUGUGUGGAUUGCAGUGUUCGCCUUGCCGAUCAAUUCAGCUAUCAACCCACUGCUGUAUACCCUUUCUACUCCACAGGUUCAAGCUGUUUUGAAAGCAAAAUUGAGGAAGGUGUGGUCCAAUGUUCGAUCGAUUUUCAGCAGUGGACAAAAUCAAGAAGAAGGAGUAAAUAAUCAGCAGGGACAGAUCGGAAAUGGACAUGAACACGCUAACAACGAAGAGG